AUUUUAUUUUAUUUAACCGUCAAACGUAGGAAAAAGUUGUACACCUUUAAACUAAGAUCCAUCAAAUUAUUUAUUGACCAAGUGUGAGUGCAACAGUUGGAUGAGAUAUUCAAGCUUUAGCUAUGGCUAUGGAGGAUUCAACUAGUGAAGAAAAAUCAAAUGGAGAAGUAAUUAUAGAUGAAACUAAGGAGGAUUCAACAAAUUUCAAUAAAUCAAAAGGGAUGAAUAUUCAAGAAAAUGAAAAAGGGGUUACUCUUUUUGAUAUUUUCAACCGUUUUGUGUCUGCAAUUUUCUCUUCUGAUAAUAAUAAUAAUGAUCCUUUAAUUCAGAGGAUUAAAGUGGCUAUUUCUGAAAAUGUUCCUUUGAUACAUCAAGCUUCAAAGAAUACUGCUCAUAAUGUUUAUUCUUGGACUCGCAAAGGAAGCCCUCUACGUGCCCUCCUUGUUGUUUCUGUGGGGACGAUUGCUCUUCUUGCUUUGACAGGAUUGCUAGUCUUUAUGCUGUUCUUUGUCGCGGCAACUGUCAAUGCCAUUGUGAUCUCUCUUCUCAUGUCAUUAGCGGCUGCAGGAGGAUUCUUGGCUCUUUUCUUUGCCUGCCUAACUGCUAUUUAUAUUGGGGCUCUGUCAGUUACUGUAUUUGUCAUUUCCACUACGACAAUUAUAUCAAUUAUUGCUGUGAUUGUGGCUACAGGUUGGAUUGGAUUCUUUUGGGCAAUAUGGCUGGCAACAAAGAAAAGUGCAAGUCUUGCCAAGCACUCGUUGAAUGUGACAGGAUCAGCACUAUCGGCUUAUUCUUCCGCCAGACAUUUCCAGCACAACCACGACGCCUGAAUCACGUUCACUGAAACCAGAAUGAAGGCCACUUUCUAUGAAUAAGUCUUGAAUGCUGCUACCAACUACCAUGUAUAUACUUAGGUUCUAGUACCUUCUGGCCUUCGUGAUGAUAUAUACGUCGUCGAUAUUUUGGCUCUUCAUGCAUCACGGUCGAUGUAUAUCGUAAUAUAAUAUAGAUGAAUGCAUGUGCAGACUAGUGAGCUUGGUCUAAUGAGGGCUUGUCAUGGUUUGGAUCUGGUUUGUAAAUUAUUAUUGACAAAUAGAUCUUGCCACUUAUCAAGUAUUAGUAUAUGUUUAUGAAAUCUUGAAUAUGUUGAAAAUGAAUGUAGUUUUGAGAUAGUUGAGACUUGCAA